CCGGAUAAGGGAGUUGGGCCUACUGCACCCCCUCCAUACUCGGAAGUAGUGCCACCAUUCGUUGGGACAGCCCCUCCAGGGGUAAACUACCCGUCCGGUUAUCCACCGCCUCCAGCCUAUCAAGCUGCUCCGGGUCAACCUGCCCAACCUUAUCCUCCUCAAGCAACUGUGGUGUACACCCCUGCUGCACUGGGAUCCGGUCCUUCGCGUUUCUUUUGUCCUACAUGUCAGAGAGAAGUCUUAACCAACGUUACCUACGAGUCGGGUCUUCUCACGUGGAUUUUGGUCGCUCUCAUCUGCAUCCUCGGUGGGCCGCUAUUCUGCUGCCUGAUUCCUCUGUGUUGUCCUCCAUGCAAAGAUGUGGAGCAUAUCUGUCCCAUCUGCGGUCGCUUGUUGGGUUCCUACCAGCGCCUCUGA